AUUAGAAUAAACGAACAUAUAAGUGGUGAAAAAAAAACUGGCUCACGGAGUGCAUAGUCAAAUUAGUUGUUGUUGUUGCUGUCUGAUUGCUUAGUGGUGUGAGUGAGUCAUGAGCGGUGCGAGCUAGCGGAAGGAAAAAGUCAAAAAAUUGAAACACACACACACACAUCAAUAAAAAUUAAGAAACAAAAAAAAAACACAGAAAGCGAAGGUGCAACGAAUUGCAGAAUAGAAAAAUAAACAAGAAAAAGAGUUAAGAAAAGGAUUUUCCAACAGCUGCGCCCAAAGAAUCACAUACACACAUUAUAUAUACACAAAGAGAGAAAGAGCAAUAGUAAGAGAGUAGUUGUCUGUCGUCACAGUUGAAGUACUCGGGUUUUUCUUUUCUUAUUUUUUUUUUUUUUUUUUGUGUGUGUUUUGUAUUUUUGUGCUUCUUUUUUUAUAAUUUGUUUAGUGAGACAGUGAGAAGCAACAAGCAGAAGAAACAACAACAACAAUAGGCAUAAGCAAAAGAAGCAGUAGCAACAACCACAACAACAAAAGCAACGACUUAGACCGCAACUUUCGCCAUUAUGGUUGAUCGCCUUGUCAACUCGGAAGCCAAUAGCCGACGCAUUGCGUCGGUGGAGAGCUGUUUCGGAAGCUCCGGUGUUCCAUUGGGUGUGUCCGGACGUGUUCUCGUCGGCGAGGGUGUCCUAACUAAGAUGUGCCGCAAGCGUCCGAAAUCGCGCCAAUUCUUUCUCUUCAAUGACAUCUUGGUCUAUGGCAACAUUGUGAUUGGCAAGAAGAAAUACAAUAAACAGCACAUAAUGCCACUCGAAGAGGUCUCACUGGAAACCAUUGAGGAUAAUCAACAAUAUCGCAAUGGCUGGUACAUACGGACCACAACGAAAUCAUUUGUGGUCUAUGCCGCCACUAGCACCGAGAAGCAGGAAUGGAUGGCCCACAUCAACAAGUGUGUGGAGGAUCUGUUGCGCAAGAGCGGCAAGAAGCCGGUGGAGAAUCAUGCUGCUGUUUGGGUGCCCGACUCAGAUGCCAGCAUUUGUAUGCAUUGCAAAAAGACGCAAUUCACUUUUGUCCAGCGGCGUCAUCAUUGUCGCAACUGUGGAGCAGUUGUGUGUGCCGGUUGCUCAACGAAGAAAUUCUUGCUCCCACAACAGAGCACAAAGGCAUUACGUGUCUGCGAUGGCUGUCACGAGCGUCUUAAGCAUACGCCAAGCGGUGAUGCUGGUGCCGGUGCCAGUACUGCUGGCAAGGAUGACCAUAAGCUCAAUAACACCAUUAGCAGCAGUAGCAGUGGCCCAGCUGGGGAUAGCUCCAAUGAUGAUGAUACUGAUGAAGACACGGCAUCGCCAGCACCAGAGGCCCAUGAUGAGCCUCGUUUCUAUGGUGAUAAUAGUGUGCUCUCGGCAUUCGAGGAGUCAGCUGGAGCAGGAGCACAAUCAACACCAGCAGCAGCAUCAUCGUCAAUAUCAACAAGCAAUAGUCCUGAUCCUGGUCAAAAUCUUUCAUCAUCAGCAGCUGCAGCAGCAACAACAACAACAGCGUCGGGUCCAAAUUGUUAAGACUAUCGGAUUGGAUUGGAAUCACUCUCUAUACUGCAAGACGAACAACGGAAGCAACGUGAACUGGAGGAAAUCAAGGAAAUACGCAAAAUGACC